AAGAGUGCGCAUGUGUAUUUUGUGCAGUCUACACUACAUCUGUUUAGGUUAACGUAGCGAACUCAUCUGUCAUCAGUGGGAUUGAAGAUUUGCAGAUUUCCUAGGAAUUUGAUGAUUAAAAUGCGCGAAUCUGGGGUCCAGACGAUACCCAUUUGAUCAGCCUUCGACAUUAUGAUAAGAGUGCACCAGAAUAUAGUGAAGAUAGUGCAGGAAAAGUUUUCGGAUUCGGUCACCGUUAAAUGUAUUCACUUGAAUGUGGCUUUGGCUCAGGAAGAUCUGGUGCAGCAGCACAGGCUAUUGGCUCUAGUCGAAUCGGAUUCCAGUUACGCUCUGUUCAUAUUGAUCUCCAAGCAGAAAGUUCCAGAGGUCUUCACCGAUCUCACCAUUGACAGAGCCUUCCCCAUAAACCAUUGCUUCAAUUGUGAAACUGAAUCGAUUCCUAAUGAUCAGAGUCACAUUAUUUUCAUUGUUAGUUCAGCGACGACGACUGUGAAGUUGAAGAUCCAGAUUGGCACGGAGAGCGCGAAUUUCGCCUCGGAAGUCAUCAGGGCGAAAGAAUUUUCCUCGUUCACCAUAACGGAUCAUCAGUGGUUGGAGAAACAUUCCGCUAGGAAUUAUAUUGAAACCAAUAUGGAUGAAGAAUUUACAGAUAUAUCGGUGUCCAGGCAGAAGAUGGCCUCAGGCAACUCCAAUCGCGAAUCUGUCCUCAAGUACGAGCUGAGUUUGAAGAAGGCCGAGUACACCCAUCAACAGUUGUUCAC